AUGACCACCGUGACUCCAAGCAAGGUCCUGGUGGCCAAGAGAAGAAGCACAGGCAGCUAUGGUAUCUUCCCUGUGGCCCAAGAACGCCUUAGAAUAGGAGACCAGAGAGCCUCUUUACCUUCUGUCUUCUUCAAGGACAGCUAUCUUGGGAAAAGUAAGAAGCUCUUGGAAGAAAAUCUUUUCAUCAUAUGGUCACUUUUUAUUUCAGCAUUUGUAAAAUGUGCUCUUCUCUUCUUUGUCUUUCUGCAGGUUUUAGAUGGAGCAGGAUUAGAUAUUGAUUUCCAUCUUGCUUCUCCAGAAGGAAAAACCUUAGUUUUUGAACAAAGAAAAUCAGAUGGAGUUCACACGGUAGAGACUGAAGUUGGUGAUUACAUGUUCUGCUUUGACAAUACAUUCAGCACCAUUUCUGAGAAGGUGAUUUUCUUUGAAUUAAUCCUGGAUAAUAUGGGAGAACAGGAGCAAGAACAAGAGGACUGGAAGAAAUACAUUACUGGCACAGAUAUGUUGGAUAUGAAACUGGAGGACAUUCUGGAGUCUAUCUACAGGAUCAAGUCCAGACUAAGCAAAAGUGGUCACAUCCAAACUCUGCUUAGAGCAUUUGAAGCACGUGACCGAAACAUACAAGAAAGCAACUUUGAUAGAGUCAAUUUCUGGUCUAUGGUUAAUUUAGUGGUAAUGGUUGUAGUGUCAGCCAUUCAAGUGUAUAUGCUGAAGAGUCUAUUUGAAGAUAAGAGGAAAAGUAGAACUUAAAAUUCCAGACUACUUAACAUUCACAAAAAGGGACAGAAAAACGCAAUAAACUGUUACAGUCAAGACCAUUAACAGUCUUUUCCAAAACAUUUUCAGGCAUUACCAUUAAGUGUGAAAUAAGUAUAAUUUUAAUAUGAAAGGAAAGGCUUAACUUUCAUCUGUGCAAGUGAUCUUAUUGUUCUGAUUAUACUUAAGUGUAUAGCAAAUAUUGUGCAGGUAUAAAUGAAUGAAGCCAUGUUAUUAACAGUAGUUUCCUACGUUUGCAAAAGUUUUGCAAAUGUCAUUAGGUGAUUUAAAUAAAUGAACUUUGGGCCUAAAUGUAACACUGAACAAUGUUUUUAGAAGAUUGUUACCCAGAAAUUUCUUUGUAAAUGUGGCAAUUACAAAUUAAUUGUAGUUUUUCAGUAUAUCAAGUUAUAAAUCAUAUGAGAAUUAUCUAAUCAUGGAUAUCUUUAGAAAACAAAAACUCAACUUUUCUCUUUUUAUAUAUGUAUCUCCUAAAUGUAUAUAGAAACAUAGCUGUGAAAAAAAGGUAUGUCGGAUGUUUUAUAACCAAAUAUGUUAAAAUAUUAACAAAAAGUAUUAGUUUUAUAUACCUAGCCUACAUUCCCAAAAGCUGACUUUUGAAUAGUUCUUAAAAAUACUAAGAACAUAGUUAUCAAAAAUAGGACAGAUUUUCUCUUUGAAGUGAAUAAAGAUCGUUCCCAAUUUCUGUAAGGAUAUAUUCUCUCUAAUAGUUAACUAAGAUAUAGGAUUUUUAAAUUAAAUGAGGGGAAAUCAUUUUAUUUUUAUAUUAUCAACAGUGUUAUGUUAGUUUUAAUGUAUUUACUGACUUGGAUGAUACAUUUAAUACCAGCAGUUGUUUAGGAAAUAUUGCUGAAAGAAUUUGGACCUAGUGUUAAGUAAAUAUCUUGAGUUCUCGAAAAUCAUUAAAAAAACAACAACAAUAAAGUCAAUAUAAACGAAUUUAGGGAAAUGAGAAUAUCUCAUCAAAAUAAAGUUUACUUAAACUAUAAGUAUCUAGAAUCUGGCUUAUCAUAAUCACUCAAUCCUAAUAUAAACCACAAGAUUAAUUUCCAGUUAAUUGUUAGAAAAGUGUAGGUUUUAUUUUUUAACAAUUGUUUUAAAUUAUCAUUUAUAAGUAUUUAGGUACAAUAUGGUAUAAGCCCUACUAGUAUAAAUAUUUAUUAGUUUUUAUUGUAAUUUUCAUAAAAUGACCUUUCUGAUCACUUUAUUUAUAUUGGCAUUCAAAUAAGAAUUGAAAACCUACAAAAGUUUCAACAUCAAUAUGUGAACAACCCUAUAGCCUUUGCCAUCAUGUCUUAAUCAGGUACUAGUAUCUUAAUAAUUAAAUAGAAUUUUUAGCUUAUUCCCACUUGUAAUAUUGUUUGUCAUGUAAGAGUUAAAAACAAUCAACUGAUAGGUCCUGAGUACAGUUGGUUAGUACUGCUGAAUUCUUAAUAAGCAAUAAUGAUAUCCAGAGACAAUGAUGGUUUCAUCUAUAAUUUAUACUCAAGUGGUACAAAAUGAGAGAUACUUCCCUCCAUCUUAUAUAAUAAUUUCCUCUAUUCUUAGAUUUCCCAACUCUGAGGCUUUUUUAAAAUGAGAUAAAUGCCAUGUUUAGGUGAUUACCUUAAUUGGCUAAGAAAAUGCUUUUAAGUGUACAGGAGUAGCCCUUAUAACAUGCACAACAAGGGCCAGUAAGAUUUUUGCUUGGAAGAGCUCUUUUUCCUCUUCUGAUAAACUAAUAAUGAGAAGCGAAUGUAAAGUACUAUAGUAAUAAAACAGUACAGAUUUAAACUACUGCAUCUUUUCUAUAAAACUGUGAUUAAGAAUUCUACCUCUUAUGUGUGGCUGGUCACUGUACUUACUGUACUGCUUCUAUACCUAACAAUGGAUUUGUUACAUCAUGUACAUUUGAUUUGUGCCACUGACUUUUUUAAACCUUUGAUUCAGUAACUUCCUAUUAUAUAAUAAUGGCCUUAUUUAGAAAACAAAGAAUUUAGGGAUAUUGAGGACAAUUUUAUUUUUAUAGACAAAGUGAAAACAGAUUAUUUAAGAAGCAUGUUACCUGUAUUAACCAUAGAGUAAAAUUUGUAUGCAAAGAACUAAAUUCUUUAAUAUUUCUAAAAGCUUAUUGCUUAUCUGCAUCAUAUGGUUUUAGUGUAUUCAAUUUUGACAUUAAAAUUAUGCUAAAAGUGAAAAAAAAAUAAUACUAAAAGUGAGUAAGCUGUCACUUGGCAGCUUAUUUUAUCAUUACUUUUUUAGUCAUGUAAACUUCUAAAAUACUAGAAUACUUAACUAAGGCCUAGAGUUUCACUAUGAUUUGCAUUUGGAUCCUUAAUGAUUGGUUUUCUUUUAUGUGAAUGUCAAGUUAAUAGAUAAGUGGUUGAAAUAGUAUUGAAAUAAAGUAUAAACUGAAAUGUCAUUUUAUUUUAGGUAUGUUUAUCCUUCUCAAGUAUUGUUAUGUCCUAAAAUUGACAAAAAUUGAAUACCUAUAAUUGUAUGCUUCCCCAAAGAAAAUUUGUUUAUCUGAAAUUUUCAAAGAUAUUGAUUCAGCAUGUAAUGGGUUUUCAGUUGAAAUGUAAUAAUGCACAAUUAGUGUUGCUCAAAUGCUUUAUACUUAUGAACAGACACAGCCAUAUUAAAUGAGCAUUGAAUACUGUGCUGAGUGUAUACAAUAAAAAUUACAAUCAAGGGA